GCUUCUUGUUCCUCCGCACGCCCUCCGCGCCGCGCACCUCUAGCGCACAGUGAUGCUCGCACCUGGCGAAGAGCGGAAGACCCGCAGCAUCAGCACCAGCGGAUCUCCAUGACGACAGCAGCACCUCCAGCAUGGUGCAGAAAUCCCGCAACGGCGGCAUGUAUCCCGCCCCGCAGGCCGAGAAGAAGCUGAAGGUGGGCUUCGUGGGGCUCGAGGCGGGCGCCACGGAAUCGAGCCGAGACGGCGCGCUGCUGAUCGCGGGCGCGGAGGCGACGAAGCGCGGCAGCAUCUUGAGCAGACAGCGCUCCAGCAUCUCCGGGAAGAGGCCGCCGAAGCGCAACGCGUUCUACCGACGCCUGCAGAAUUUCCUCUACAAUGUUCUGGAGAGACCGCGCGGAUGGGCGUUCAUCUACCACGCUUACGUCUUCCUGCUGGUUUUCUCCUGUCUGGUUCUGUCUGUGUUCUCCACCAUCAGAGAAUAUGAGAAGAGCUCAGAAGACGCCCUCUACAUCCUGGAAAUUGUAACCAUUGUGGUUUUCGGAGUGGAGUACAUCGUGAGGAUCUGGUCUGCAGGAUGUUGCUGUCGAUACAGAGGAUGGAGGGGAAGGUUAAAAUUCGCCCGGAAACCUUUCUGUGUUAUCGACAUCAUGGUGCUGAUCGCCUCGAUCUCGGUUUUGGCCGCUGGAACGCAGGGGAAUGUGUUCGCCACCUCCGCCAUCAGGAGUCUCCGGUUCCUCCAGAUCCUCCGGAUGAUCCGCAUGGAUCGGCGCGGGGGAACCUGGAAGCUCUUGGGAUCUGUGGUCUACGCUCACAGCAAGGAACUGAUCACUGCCUGGUACAUUGGCUUCCUGUGUCUGAUCCUGGCCUCGUUCCUGGUGUAUCUCGCUGAGAAGGAGGAUAACGAGAUGUUUGAGACCUACGCCGAUGCGCUCUGGUGGGGUCUGAUCACUCUGACCACCAUUGGCUACGGUGAUAAAUAUCCCAUAACCUGGAACGGACGUCUCCUCGCCGCGACCUUCACCCUGAUCGGCGUGUCGUUCUUCGCUCUGCCUGCGGGAAUUCUGGGUUCUGGGUUUGCCUUGAAAGUUCAGGAACAGCAUCGGCAGAAACAUUUCGAGAAGCGCAGAAAUCCAGCAGCCGGCUUAAUUCAGAAUGCCUGGAGGUUUUACGCCACAAACCUGAAUCGUACGGAUCUCUAUUCGACAUGGGACUAUUAUGAAAGGACCGUUUCGGUGCCCAUGUACAGACUCAUCCCUCCUCUGAACCAGCUCGAUCUGCUGAGAAACCUCAAGAGCAAAUCUGGCCUCUCCUUUAGGAAGGAAGCUCAACCAGAACCCUCUCCGAGUCAGAAAGUGAGCCUGAAAGAGCGUGUGUUCUCCAGCCCGAGAAACUCUGCGAACAAAGGGAAGAACUCUCCUCAGGGCCAGCAGCCCCGGCGACGCUCUCCCAGUGCUGACAACAGCAUCGAGGACAGUCCUUCCAAAGUACCCAAGAGCCUCAGCUUCAGCGACCGCAGUCGGGCCAGACAGGCCUUCCGCUUCAAAGGCGCUGCGUCCCGCCAGAACUCAGAAGUGCUCAUUGAGAUGCAAGAGGAAGAUUUGAGACACAGGAACUCUCCAGAAGCCAGCCUUCCCGGAGAAGACAUUGUUGAUGACAAUAAGAGCUGCCAUUGUGAGUUUGUCCCUCAGGAUUUAACGCCGGGACUAAAAGUUACCAUCAGGGCCGUGUGCAUCAUGAGGUUCAUGGUGUCCAAGCGAAAGUUUAAAGAGAGUCUGCGGCCGUAUGACGUGAUGGACGUGAUCGAGCAGUAUUCGGCCGGACAUCUGGACAUGUUGGCGCGCAUUAAAAAUCUGCAGUCCAGAGUGGAUCAGAUUGUUGGUCGAGGUCCUUCAGUAACAGACAAGGAUCGUCCGAAAGGAGCCACGGAUGCAGAGCUGCCAGAAGACCCCAGCAUGAUGGGACGGCUUGGGAAAGUGGAGAAACAGGUGAUGUCAAUGGAGAGGAAGCUGGAUUUCCUAGUCAACAUCUACAUCCAGCGCAUGGGCAUCCCGCAGUCUGAGACAGAUGCAUACUUCGCCUCUAAGGAGCCGGAGCCGGCGCCGCCGUACCACAGUCCGGUGGAGCACAUGGAGAAGAGCGGCUCCAUCACCAAAAUCAUCCGCUCCAACAGCUCCGCAGGCCAGAAGAACUUCGACCCGCCGCCGUCGACCUGCGUCAACCACCACUGCCCGCCCUCCACGUCCUGGCACCUUCACAGCCGCCCCGAACCCACGCAAGGAACGUCACCCACGGCUGACCCGUCGCUAGUGCGCAUCCCGCCGCCUCCGGCCCACGAGCGCUCGUCCGCCGGCCACAACGGAGGCUCUCGCGGGGCGGGACAGCAUCACGCGUCGCGAGGCGAAGACGGACGCCCGCUGGCUCUUUCCCAGCAGCAGGCCGGAGCCGAGAGCGACACGUCCAUAUCCAUCCCCUCGGUGGACCACGAGGAACUGGAGCGCUCCUUUAGUGGCUUCAGCAUCUCGCAGUCCAAAGAGAACCUGGACUUCCUCAACAACCCCUACUUCAGCGGCGUGUCGCGCUGCACUAAAGUCCGGCCGUACAUCGCCGAGGGCGAGUCGGACACAGACUCCGAUCUGUGCGCCCCGUCGCCACACUCCGCCACCGGAGACGGCGCCUACGCAGACAGAGGAUGGUCCGGCCCGAAGUAAACCUCGCGAAGCCGGGAUUCGACCAGAUUCUGGAGCCAAACGCGCGCCGGACUGCAUUUGCGUGUUUUAAAAAGCAGCGUUUCUCUUCGGCUCCUCGGGCGGAAGAAACCGCGGAAACGGCGAGACGCAGUGAAGAUGCAAUGCAGUGGCUUCCGGGAGCCGAGCACUUGCUUAUCCAUCAGCUCAUGUCUGGAGAAGGAUGGAUUUUAACGUGAGAGACGCAGGGAGAGAGACUUUAGCAUUUCAUAUAUGGUGUGUUUGUGUCUUUAAGACCAUCUCAUGGAUUUCACAUCGUCAGCUGGUUAAAGCGAUCGUUCACUCAAAAAUAUCGCCAGCAUCCUGUCGUUAUUUACUCACCCUCAUGUCACACCAGACGGUAUGACUU